AUGGGUAAAAAAGUAAAAAAGGAAGUGGAGCCUCCUCCCAAGGAUGUGUUUGACCCUUUAUCUGUUGAAAGCAAGAAAGCUGCAACUGUGGUACUCAUGCUUACUUCUCCUGAAGAGGAAGUUUUGUCUAAAGCAUGUGAAGCCCUUUAUAAAUUUGCAGCAAAAGGUGAGGAAAAUAAGCUGACACUUCUUGAGCUUGGAGCCUUGGAACCUUUGUUUAAAUUAGUUACACAUGAAGACCCUAUUGUCCGCAGAAAUGCAACAAUGGUAAUGGGGAUCAUGGCUUCUCACAAUGAUGUGAAGAAAUCGUUAAGGCAGCUUGAUGUCACAACUGCAUUCAUAGCUCGUCUGGCUCCAGAAGAAGAUGUGGUAAUCCAUGAAUUUGCCAGCCUUUGUCUGGUCCAUAUGGCAGUUGAAUAUAACAGUAAAGUGCAAAUAUUUGAGCAAGGUGGAUUAGAGCCGCUUAUCAGAUUGCUGGGAAGCCCUGACCCUGAUGUGAAGAAGAACUGUGUUGAAUGCAUCUAUAAUAUGGUACAGGAUUUCCAGAGUCGUGCUGCAGUUCGUGAACUAAAUGUGAUUCCUCCAUUGCUGGACCUUUUAAAAUCUGACUAUCCAAUUAUUCAGUUGUUAGCUCUCAAAACUUUAGGUAUCAUUACCAUUGAUAAAGAAACCAGAGUGAUGCUGAGAGAAAAUCAAGGACUAGACCACCUUUUCAGGAUACUAGAAACUAAGGAAUUUAAUGAUCUUCAUGUGGAAGCCCUUGGAGUGGUGGCAAAUUGUCUUGAGGAUGUGGAGACUGUGCAACUGAUUCAGGAGACAGGGGGUCUCAGAAAACUACUUGCAUUCACUGAAGUUUCCACUCUUCCUGAUUUUCAAAGAAAUGCAGCGAAGGCCAUUGCUAAAGCAGCUUAUGAUUCUGAAAUCAGAAAAAUCUUCAAUGAACAAGAAGUUGAAAAAUGCCUUGUCACCUUAUUGGGAACAGAUAGUGAUGGAACUAAAAUUGCUGCUUCUCAAGCCAUCUCGGCAAUGUGUGAGAAUUUAGCCAGCAAACAAGCCAUUGGAACGCUAGGAAUUCCCCAGCUGGUUCAGUUGCUAAGCAGUGACAAUGAAGAGGUAAAAGAAGCUGCUGCUACAGCUCUUGUUAAUCUGACAACAGCCCAUCUUGGCAAUGCAAGCGCUGUUGCAGAAGCGGAUGGUAUUGAACCCCUCAUCAGCCUCCUGAGCAUAAAGCGAGAUGGAGCUGUCGCAAGUGCGGCUACUGUGCUCACAAACCUGGCCUUACAAGAACCUUUGCGUCUCAACAUCCAGAGCCACGGCAUAAUGGCUGCACUUGUUGAACCACUAAAUUCCACCAACAGUAUUGUGCAGAGCAGAGCAGCUCUUGUGGUGGCUGCUGUCUGUUGUGAUGCUGAAGCCAGAGCUGAGUUGAGGAACUCAGGUGGUCUUGAUCCUCUUGUAAAACUCCUACAUUCUAAGAACAAUGAAGUCCGAAGAAAUGCCUGUUGGGCCGUGAUGGUGUGUGCAGGGGAUGAACUGACAGCUGCUGAAAUGACCAGGCUGGGUGCCUUAGACAUUCUUGAAGAAAUUAACCUAUCCAUUGGGCGUAAAAAUAACUUCAGUGAAGCAGCUUUGGAAAAAAUACUUGAUCACAAUCUUUCCCAGAAGUAUAGUCAAAUGGGCUAUAUAUCAUGCAAUAACAUCAUUUCAGAUGGUUUCUAUGAUUACGGGCAGGUAAAACCUGGGGUUAAACUGUUGUCACUGGAGGAACUCAGUUGUCAGGAGCUUAAUGAUCGACGUGCUAUAAUCUUAGUAAAUGCUAAACUACCAGAACCUGAACCCACCACUCUUACUCCUACAGACGAAAGGACAGUGCUAGAUGCAAAUACCGGCCGAAUUGCAUCUUCUGGUGCAUUCAGAAAAAUAAGUAAAGAAAGAGCUGGUUCAAUGGACGAGAAGCCAGAAUCUCCCGUAAGGUCUGCUUCAAUCAGCAAAGGAAGCACUAGAGAAAAAGGAUCAAGAAAAGGGAAAGGGAAAAAAGAGGAAGAGAAACCCAAAGAAGAAGACAUGGAGCCUGCUAUGCCUAAAAUUGCUGAAGAAGUUCCUGAAAAGGUUGUAUGGCUUCCUCCUCUUGACACAGUUUUGCAAGAUUACAUCAAUGAAGUUUCCAAAACAAUUCUGCCACUAGCAACCACCAAAGAACAGGUUGUACAACUUGCACAGUUUGUUGCAGACAAGAUGGGUGGUCCAAUUGAAAGAGACAAGUUACACGAAUUCAGCUGGGAACUUCAUAUAAGUGAAAUCGAAUAUGAGCUUAAAUGCAAUGUUGUACCUAUUGGGAAGAUCAACCAAGGGACCUUCUAUCACAGAGCUUUACUUUUCAAGGUUCUGGCGGACAGAAUUGGCGUUAGUUGUAGCUUAGUCCGUGGCGAGUACAACAGAGCAUGGAAUGAGGUGAAAUUAAUUGAUGACUCUCCUUUGGGAAUACCUGGACUCCUGCUUCCUCCUCGAGUAUUUAUUGUCGAUCUCAUGUACGAGCCAGGCCACCUGAUGAAAGAGGGAAGUCCAGAAGCAGAUCGCUAUCGCCGUAUUUCAUGAUCUUUUCAUCACAACCAAAAAGAAACUUCUCAAUUCAUUUUAUUACAUUUGCACAGAGUGAAUUCCUUGAUUUAUUUCAGACCUGAUCUGGGUGCCAAGUACUGCACCUUUGUGUGCACAACCCAGUCUGGAAGAAGCUGUGGGCCUGUCGUUUCCCUACCAAAAAAAAUCUGAAACUCUAAUGUCUUGCCACUCAGAAAACUCUUUAGUUUUCCUCAUACAGAAUUUCAGGACAAGUCUUAUGCGUGUCUUUGAUGCAUUGCUUAGAAUAAAAGAAGAUUUUGUAAA